UAGCCAAGGCAGCGGCUGGCUCAACUUAGUUAUCGCGAGACAGAGCAGGCCUCGCGAGAUCUGACCUCCGAGACCGGCGUGUGUUCUCUCCCGGCGCUAUGACACCGCUGUGGUCUCCUGGAUGGAGUCGUGCUGCUUUUUGUGGCUGGCGCUGGAGCCACCCCGGGUCCCCGACAAGUGUUGCGGAGAGGGCAGAUCUGUGUUUCAGACCGGGGAGGAGCGGGACAAGAGGUGCUGAGAGGGGGCUGAGGCGGCUCGGGACAUGGAGGCGCCCGGGUCUAGCCCGAGACCAGGCCGUGCAGCUGCCGCGGCGGCCGAAGAGCACGAACCCUUUCACGCGCGCGCAGGAGGAAGACUGGCGGCGGCGGAACAAGACCGUCCUCACGUACGUGGCCGCGGCCGCCGUGGGCAUGCUAGGGGCGUCCUACGCCGCCGUGCCCCUUUAUCGGCUCUAUUGCCAGACCACUGGCCUCGGAGGAUCAGUAGUAGCAGGUCAUGCAUCAGACCAGAUUGAAAACAUGGUGCCUGUUAAGGAUCGCAUCAUUAAAGUCACCUUUAAUGCAGAUGUGCAUGCAAGCCUUCAGUGGAACUUUAGACCUCAGCAAACGGAAAUAUAUGUGGUGCCAGGAGAAACUGCACUGGCCUUUUACAAAGCUAAGAAUCCUACUGACAAACCAGUAAUCGGAAUUUCUACAUACAAUGUUGUACCGUUCGAAGCUGGACAGUAUUUCAAUAAAAUACAGUGCUUCUGUUUUGAAGAACAAAGGCUUAAUCCACAAGAGGAAGUAGAUAUGCCAGUGUUUUUCUACAUUGAUCCUGAAUUUGCUGAAGAUCCAAGAAUGGUGAAUGUUGAUCUCAUCACUCUUUCUUACACUUUUUUUGAAGCAAAGGAGGGGCACAAGUUGCCAAUUCCGGGUUAUAAUUGAAGUCAGCAACUAAGUUCUACUUCAUUUGUGAUUUUUGAAAAAUCAUGUAUCUUGUCUUCUCAGAAGAGAAAUGUUCUACAAUAUAAUCCAUUCUAUCUUAUGCCUUCUAUUUUAAAUAUUAUGUAGUGAUUUUUUCCCCCAACCACUUAUCCUUCUUAAAAAAGAGCAGGUUCAGCUUUUUAUUAUAAGGAAUCCACAUGCCUGCUUAGAAUGCAUGAUGGUUCAAAACCAUACUUAGUUUUAGUAUUAAAAGAAACUGCUUUGUUUCUUAUAUAUGUAGGCAUGGACUUAAUGGUUCAGCUUAAUUCACUGGUCCCCUUCGAAAUUAUUAACACUUCGUACUUGUAGCACUGAUUUUUUUUUUUAUGCCCAUGUGUCUUAUAUCUUAGGUUCUAGGUCAGAAUCCCUUAUUAUUUCUAAAACAGUUGGUAACCACUUUAUUUCAUUGUGUACAUUCACUUUUAAAAGCUCAAAAUGAAAGAGGAAUCACUAAGCCCUAAUGGUUUGCCAAAAGAUUACAUUCUGAUACCAAAUGUGACUCUUUUUCCUUUAAGAGCUAGCACAAUUUACAUUCAAAGUACUGAAUAAUGACUUUGAAAUUUUGGUAUCAUGAAAUUGAAAUAAAAUGCAUAAGUAUCUGCUAGAUUUCUAGCAUUUCUUGUGAUAGUUCCAAGUCCCUGAAUGUUCAAACAAAUGUAGGAUUGUGAAGUUACUGACAUCAGAAUUUCUUCAGUGAACAAACUGUAAAAAAUUGUUUUAAUAGUAAUUUAUUUGCAUUGUUUUAAUAGUAAUUUGUCAUUGUAAUUUACAACAUAAAUGAAUGUACAGCUUAUCCUGAAUGUUUUCCAGUAUUUAUUCCAAAUAGAAAUAUUAAAUUGCAGUAAAAAGAGAAAAAGAUAACAUUUAGUAUUAUUAAGAAUCGUAUUUAAAGGCAACUCAAUGUAGAGUCCAGUGAUCUUUUUAGGGUGCCUGAAAUAUAAACUGUAGCAUCAAGGCUUUUACAGUUCAUAAUUCUAAAUAAGAAUAUUAUUUAUAAAGAAGUGCAAAUUGAUUUUUAAGUUUUAUUUUAGUUAAAUGAAGGCACUCAGUAUUCUUCCUGAAUAAUUAGUUUCUCACAUUUCAUGUUUACAUCUAUUCAGAAUUAUUUUAUAAUAAAAUAAUCUUCAUCUACUGUUA